AAAGAUUUUAAUAAUUUUUGUAAAGUUUAUUUAAUUAAAUGUAUCUAAUUUAAUUCACUUUGAUAUAAUUCUAAAUAGUCUUAGUGUUAUAAUUAAACUAAAUGUAACUAUUUUCCUGCAAUAAAAAUAAUAUUCUCUUUUUUCAAUUCUUCUUAAAUACCAGUUUUAUAACCAAAAGAAACUCCUUUUUUUGCUAUGCCAACCUAUUUAUAAAGACACUAGCCUUCAUAAUUAAAAUUAUCAUUAUAUCGUUUUAUAUCUCUCCUGAGUAAAUUUAUUAUAUAUUAAUCUGAAUAUAAAUUAAUGACAUUGUUUAUUUUUUUUAUUUCUUCUUCAAUUUAAUCCUAUUUUUAUUAAUUAUUAUCGCCUUUUUUUAUUUAAAGUAAUUAUUCCGUCCAGUAUUUUUCUUAUUUCAUUUCUCUUUUGGUACGUUAUUAGAGAAUUAAAACUUCGCCUUUUAAUAUAAAAUAUACAUCAUUGGUAUUUAUGUUUGUUAUGUAUUCUCCAACUCCACAUUGACGGUAUUUGAGUUUUAAUGAUGCCUUUUUUAUUAAUUCUAUUUCUUCAGAUUUUGAUUGUUUUUUAAAAUAUUGGAAUUAACUUAGAGCUGACUGUAAUUCUAUACAGGCGCCUUCGUCACUUAUAUGGGUGUUUUCGCCGAUUUUGUGCAGAAGAAUUUGAGGUAUGGAAAAUUUUUUAUUUUAGUAUUACAUUUAUU